AAUCGAAAAAAACAGACCAUUUGUUUCACACACUGUAUUGGAUAGAGGGCAGUUCCUCCGAAUUUUGUUUUUGUAUAUUUGCAACGUGUGUACGAUAAGGUUAAAAUUAAAGAAAACCGAUAUGAAUAUUACACGAAGUGUUCAAUAUCUUUUUAAAUAUCUAUAUCGCGGAACCCAGCACUUUUUACGUAAUGAUCGUGCGAUAGCUUCAUCGACAAUACCAAACGAUAAUAAAGACAAACAUAUGGUCUGGUUGGAUAUGGAGAUGACAGGACUAGAUGUAGAAAACAGUCAUAUUUUGGAAAUUGCUUGUUUAAUAACUGAUGAGAAUUUAGUAUCAAAGAAUGAUUACUUAAGCAUAGUAAUAUAUCAACCAGAGGAAGUCUUAGAAAACAUGACAGACUGGUGCAAAGUGCAACAUGAAAAGACUGGUUUAGUUGCUGCUUGUCAGUCAAGUAAAAUCAUGUUAAAUGAGGCUAAGGAAAUAAUGUUACAAUAUCUGAAAAAUCAUAUUCCUUAUAAAAUGUGCCCUUUAGCAGGAAAUUCAGUUCACAUAGAUCGUAUGUUCCUAAAAAAAUAUAUGCCAUUAGUUGACGAUUAUUUACAUUACAGAAUCAUUGAUGUUAGCACAAUCAGAGAAUUAGCAAGAUAAUGGUUGUUUCAGAAGGUGGAAUUCAGAUAUAUAUAGAGCAGCUCCAAAAAAAGAAUAUAAUCACAGAGCUAUGCAUGAUGUAAGAGAUAGUAUAAAUGAGCUUCAUUAUUAUAAGAAAUAUAUGUUUUUAAG